AUGGCACCCAUGGUAAAUGCACCACCACAGUCAUCUAUUAUACGCCAUGGGCAUGGUUCUCUUGCGUACUCUUCCAUUCCUUAAUUGAUAUUCUGUAAAAAGUUUAUUUAAUUCGCAUAGUUUUUUAUAGUACAAUUAUCAAAUAACGAUAAUAACUUCAUUAUAUUGUCAUAUUACUGUUUUCUACGUGUAUGAUUAUUAUUAUUAUAAAAAUAAAAAAGAAAAACUCCAAAUAUUUAAUAUUUUAAAAUUGUCUAUGAAUGUUUAAUGAAUUUUUUAAUUUAAUAUAAAAUUUAUCAGAGACCAAAAGUAACCUUCAGUACUAGCUCUUUUGAACUUUAUACUGACAGUAAUGUUUCUAGAACAUUCUUUUUACGCUCAGAGUAUCUUUAUAGAUAUAUUACGUAAAAAUAAUAUAUUUGUGUAUACCUAAAUAGAUCAGAGAAAAAAAUAUAGAAAAAAUUGUACGUGUUGUAAGUGAGGUUAUGUGACUAGAUCUCAUGCAUCCUCAUUUAACACGUGUAUAACGAUUUUAAAGAUUGCAAUACAUCAAUAAAAAAUCAUACUUCCAUUAUAAAAACAAAAGCUUUUCCAUUAUUUACCAUAAAAUUCGUUUCAAAUAGUUCCGCUGCCGAAGAACUCGAAAAGAUAUCUCGAGCACGACACUGUGGUGAAUGCAACUACGUUAAUGAAUUUUCAUAUGAAAAAAAGUUUCUCGAUUAUAUAAAAAUGUCAGGCAACGAGAGCUUUGAAUCAGCCACUGAACCAAACUCUAAAAUAACAGAGCCCGAUGAACGAAACAAUAUAAAAGAUACACCCGAAACUGAAGUCGAAAGUCCAAUUACUUUAACAGAGAGUAAAAAUGAACUCCAAGAACUGGAAGACAUCGAGUGUAAGGUUUCCCUUUGCACAGAUGAUGAAGUCGCGGAAGUGCCUACGAAAGAAACAGACGUAGCUAUCAUUGAAAAUGCAAGAAUUAUCUGUGAAACUGUGAAUGAAUCUAUAGAAAAGAAAAUAGAGAACAGUACGACGAAGCAAAAUGAGCUACCUCCAAAUAUUCCGGAAAUUCAGCAAGAGGCAUCCAUAGGUGCUGGAGACACUUGCUACGUGAUAAGACAGGAUGGAAAUAUUGAUGCUCAGAAACCGGAAGAACAAGUUGCUACUACUGGCAUAAUCGAUCAGAUUAAACUGGAAAGUAAUAAACCAGUGAUAGAAAACGAUAAAAAUGUAACUGAAAAAAAUGAACUUAUGAUAUCAAAGUUAAAGGAAGAAGUUCAGAAAACGAUCAAUGAACGAGACUCUUAUCAUAAGAAACUGGAAAGCGUAGAAAAGAAAUUAGCUGAGUUACAAGCGACAUACGAUGCUCUGUUAAAGGGUGAAGGUAACGAAGUCAUGUUGCGUCGAAUGGUGGACCAAUUGAAGGGGAAACUUAUUCAAACUUCGUUGCAACUAGAGGAUCGAAUUCGUACAGUAUCUAAUCAGGAGAAACAAAUUAGCGCGUUGAACAGUCAGGUGGCUUCCCUAAAGGAAGUAGAAUCUCUUACCAGAAGUCUGUUGCAAAUUCGUAACAUGGAAGUAAAGCAUCUGCAGGCAGAGGUCGAUGAUAUGGAAGUUCGAAUUUCUGAGGAACGUGAACGAUAUAACACAAUGAUUAACAAAAUGGACGCCGCGGUGAAAUUAAAUGCAGACUUGAAGAAAGAAUACGAAACGCAGCUUUGUCUUUUCCGAGAUCUACGAGAAAAGUAUGAAGAGAAGGUCUCGUUGUUGUCAGAAGAGAAACGCGCACUUGAAGCUAACACACCAUCUUCUAAAUAAGAAUGUGUUUUGCACUCGUUGAAUUGUUUUAUAAUUUGUAUAAAAUAUAAACUCUGGUUAGAAAC